CUAAGUAGGUGGCGGCAUUCAACGCUGUCACGCGCACGAUUGUUGACAGUGGCUUUUGGGAUGAGGUUGAUAGAGCAAUUGCUGUCAUGGAGCCCAUAGUCAAGUUGCUGCGUUUGGUGGAGGAUCUCGGAGUGACUGUCAGCAAAGUGUACUUCGGCAUGCGCGAGAUCGUGGCACAAAUGGGGAUCCUCGACUGUCUGACGCAUGACGAAAAGGCAGCGGUGGAGAACAUUCUCAUGGACCGGUGGGCGUUCUUGAUAUCCGAGUUGCAUUGCGCUGCAGCCUUUCUCGAUCUGGAGUAUCAGUCGCUGACCUUGCGGGACACGGAGAUCCGCGAGGGUUUCAACAUCUGCCUCUAUUCUUGGGUACCACCGGAGCUAUUGAAAGAAAUCAGCAAGCAAGUCGACUUUUGGGUCUGCGGAUUAGGCACAUUCGGGACACAGAWUGCAAAGGAGCAGGUUAAAGUGCAAACACCAGCACUCUUGUGGGAGGCGUUUGGGGGAUCAUUGGACCUCCUCCAACCGCAGACCAUCAAGCUUCUCGGCCAG